CUCGACGCAUGCGCCGAUGCAUCGGUGUUGCCGGACCCAUCACUGCUAAAGAGGAUUGUCAGAAAUGACUUCUUGGCUUCUGAAGACUUGCAGGCUGCUUUGCUUGUGCGUCACUUUACCUUUGCGCCUCCUGGAUGUGUUGGGUUUACGCGCGGCGUACAAACGUCUCUUCCCCCGGCUCAUGUACAACAUGACGUUCCGGUACAACGACUUAAUGCACAGCGAGAAGAGACAACUCUUCAGGAACGUCAACACGUUUGCCAACCGCGACGGAACGCUUCGCCUGCUUGAGAUCGGCUGUGGCAGCGGCGCCAACUUCCAGUUUUACCCGUAUGGUUGCACCGUGCUCUGCGCCGACCCCAACCCGCACUUUGACACCUACCUGCGGAGGAGCAUGGACGCCAACAAGCACCUGACCUACGAGGCCUUCCUGGUGCUCCCUGCAGAGGACAUGAGGGAGGUGGAGGACGCGUCUGUGGACGUCGUGGUGUGCACGUUGGUGCUGUGUUCUGUCCAGGACGUCAAGAAGGUUCUGCAGGAAGUUCGGCGUGUGCUGAAAACAGGUGGAGCUUUCUACUUCAUGGAACAUGUGGUGUCAAGUCCCUCCACCUGGACACAUUUCCUGCAACACACACUUGAGCCUUUGUGGCUCUAUAUUGUAGAUGGAUGCAUCAUUACGAGAGCGACAUGGAAAGAUCUGGAGUCAGCUGGCUUUUCUCAAGUCAACAUUAAACACUUGGAGGCUCCAAUCUCUCCAGUGAUACGACCACAUAUCCAGGGAUAUUGCAUUAAAUAA